CACGGGAUGCCUGGCGUGGGGAAGACGAUGCUGGCCAAAGAAGUAAAAAGAAAAGCAGAGCAAGACAAGCUGUUCGAUGUGGUAGUUAUGGCUCUGGUUUCAAAGAAUGCAGACUCGGAAAAGAUUCAAGUGGAAAUUGCCCGUGGUUUGGGUCUAGAUCAGCUUCCUAAUGGAAUUAAAACUCAGGAUGCUGCUGAACUUAUUAAAAACAGGCUGAAAAAUAUGAAGAAGGUUUUAAUCAUUUUGGAUGAUAUUUGGGAGUCUGAAAUAGAUUUGAAGGGGCUUGGAAUUCCUCUUAGAAACGAGCCAAAAAAGACUGAGGGGAGCUCGUCAAGAGAAGAACAUGUACAGGGGAGCUCGUCAAGAGAAGAACAUGGGCAGGGGAGCUCGUCAAGAGAAGAACAUGUACAGGGGAGCUCGUCAAGGGAAGAACAUGCAGAGGGGAGCUCGUCAAGAGAAGGACAUGCAGAGGGGAGCUCGUCAAGAGAAGGACAUGCAGAGGGGAGCUCGUCAAGAGAAGGACAUGCAGAGGGGAGCUCGUCAAGAGAAGAACAUGUAGAAUGCAAAAUUCUGCUGACAUCCAGAGAUUCUAAUGUUUUAUCAGAUCUGACGGGUUCUUCACAGAACUUUUCACUCGAUAAUUUAGAAGUUGGAGAAGCAUGGAACUUGCUUAAAAAGAUAGUUGGUGACAGAGCAGAGGGUGAUGACAUACAUCGUACAGCCUUUGAUAUUGUCCAGGAAUGUGGGGGCUUGCCCCUUGCAAUUACAACAAUGGCAAAGGCUUUGAAAAAUAAGAAGCCUUACGAAUGGAGGGAUGCUUUGAGAAAACUGAGAAAGCCCUCUUCAGAAAACUUCCAUGGCAUAUCUGCAAAGGUUUAUUCAGCUAUUGAGCUCAGUUACUCUCAUUUGGAAAGCGAGAAGCUGCAGGAACUAUUUUUGCUUUGCUGCGUAAUGGGUCACAAGGCUUCAAUUCAAGACUUGUUGAAGUUUGGUGUAGGCUUAGGCUUAUUUGCUAACACCAUAGAGGAAGCACGAGAUGAAGUAUUUACUUUGAUUAGCAAGCUCCGAGCCUCUUCCUUUCUCAUUGAUGAUUCUGACAAUAAUUGUUUCGAUAUGCAUGACCUUAUUCAUGAUGUGGCUGUAUCAAUUACAAGUAGGGAUCGUCAUGGGUUGCUGCUAACAGGUGAUCAUGAACCGAAGGAGUGGUCAGACAGGAAGGCGAUGAAAGAUUUCAAAUGGAUUAAACUGCUAAAUGCUAAUAUUAAUGGGCUUCCUGAUGAGUUUGAAAGUCGUCAGCUUUCCUUUUUUUGUUUGGAAAAUAAUGAUCCUUCUCUGAAAAUUCCAGCAGACUUUUUCAAGGGAAUGCAAGAACUCAAGGUAUUGGAUUUGACUGAAAUGCAGUUUACUUCCCUACCUUCAUCAAUUUGCCUCCUAAAAGACCUCCAUACAUUAUGUUUUCAUAGUUGCUUUUUGGGAGACAUAAGUAUUAUUGGAAAGCUGAAGAAUUUAAAAGUUCUGACCAUUAGUAGUUCUGAUAUUAAAGAGCUACCAAGGGAAAUUAGGGAGUUGACUCUGCUAAAGUUGUUAGAUUUGAGUAACUGCUCCCAACUCAAAAUAAUUCCCCCAUGUGUCUUGGCAAAUAUGUCCGGAUUAGAGGAACUGUACCUGGGAAACAGCUUCGACGGAUGGGAGGUUGAGGAAAAUGAAAAUCAAAGAAAUGCGAGCAUUGCGGAGUUGAAGGAUUUGAAGGACUUAACUACUUUGGAGAUGACUGAAGAGCUACAUCUAAGUGAGUUGGCAGGUGUAAAGAAUGUGGUUGAUGAGUUAAAUACUGAAGGUUUUCCAGAUUUGAAGUAUCUCUAUGUCCGUAAUGCUCCAGAGGUGCAACAUAUAGCGGAGGGGGUUCCUUUCAAUGCAUUUCCUAGAUUGGAAGUAUUAUUUCUCUGGAAUUUGAAUAAUUUGGAGAAGAUAUUUCAAGGCCGGUUCAAAGACACAGCUUUUAACAAUUUAAGAACUAUUACCAUUGAAUGUUGUGAUAAGGUUGCAUUACCAAACUUAGAGGAGUUGCAAGUAUCUUGGAUUAAUGUUAACAUCAUAUGGCAUGCUUCGAUGGCAUCUUCUUAUAUUAAGAAACUGACGAAGUUGAUCAUUGAGAACUGUGAUAAUUUAGAAUAUCUAUUCACAUCUGCUAUGGCUAGAGAUCUGGUAAUGCUUGAACACCUUGAAAUAAGGGAAUGCGAGAAGAUGGGAAAGGUUCUUUUUACAGAGAAUGUAGAAGAAGAUGGGAAUUUGAUUUUUCCUCAAUUGAGGAUUCUAGAGAUACGAAGCCUUCCAAAACUCGGAAGAUUCUGCCAUGGCAAUUGCAUCAAAUUCCCCUGCCUUUCGCGACUUUUGAUCACGAGCUGCCCUGUAUUAAAGACUUUCAUCUCAUCAAGCUCUAGUUUUGACACUGGUACACCUCCUCUAUUUGAUGCGAAGGUGAUAUUCCCUAGGCUAGAGCAACUAAUAAUUGGAGUUAUGGAAAGCAUGGACAAGAUAUGGGACAACCAACUUGAUGCAAGUUCUUUUUGCCAACUAAAUUAUCUUGGUGUGAAUUCAUGUAACGAGCUACUAAAUAUUUUCCCAUUUAGUAUGCUGGAAAGGCUUCAGAGACUAGAUAAGUUAGAGAUAUGGAGCUGUGCUUCACUUGAAGAGAUAUUUGAGUCUCAAGGGCUUGUUGCUGGCCAAUCACAAACUCAAAAAUUCACGCCACCAACUUUGAUGGAAUCUGUUGUAAAGUUUGUGUUUCCAAAAUUGACGCAGCUAGAUCUUUAUUUUCUGCCCAAACUGAAGGCCUUAUGUCAUCAAAUGCAUAAUAUUGAAUGGCCAUCAUUGAAAACAUUGACAGUGUAUAGAUGUGAACAAGUACAGAUAUUUGCUUCAGAACUCUCAAGCUUCCCAAGAACAAAUGGAGAUGACCAACUCGAAGUUUCUCUUUUCUGGACAAGCAAGGCUACAUUCCCAAGUCUAGAAGAAAUGAGACUGCAUUGGAAUGGUAAUAUGAAAGAGAUAUGGCAUGGGCAGCAUAUUCCAGGGGAUUAUUUUCCCAAAUUAAAAGUUCUUGGACUCAGCAACUUCCAUAAGCAAUUAGUUGUCCAGCCUUUUCUGUUUCAAGCUCCGAAUCUUGAAAAGCUUGUUGUGAGUCAAGCUUCCUUUCAUGAUAUAUUCAAAUGCCAAGGACUUGGUUGUGUGGAAAAACCUGCACUCGCAUUUACUCAAUUAAGUGGAUUAAGGUUGUCUGACCUUCACGAGUUAACAUGUCUCUGGAAGGAAGAAUCAAAUUUGGAAUUAGUUUUCUCUAACCUGAAAAUUCUUGAAGUGCUACAGUGUAGCAAAUUAAAGAAUUUAGUGCCAUCCUUGAUAUCUUUCAGGAAUUUGACAACUUUGGAAGUAUGUGCUUGUAAUGAACUCAUGAAUUUAAUUGAAUACUCAACAGCCAAAGGCAUGGUGCAACUCACAAGAAUGAGUAUUAGUGAAUGUCGUAUGUUAAAAGAAAUUAUGGCGUGUGUGGAUGAUGAAGUGAAGGAUGGAAUUGUCUUUAGCCAACUCAAGUAUUUGCAACUUUGUGAUCUACCAAAAUUGGCAAGCUUUUGCUUGGGAAGUUGCAACUUUGAAUUUGUAUCUUUGGAAGAAGUGAUUGUGACUUGCCCAAAUAUGCAGAUCUUCUCUCACGGGGAAUGCAGCACUCCUAAAAACUUGCAAAAGGUGAAAUUGACAAAAGAUGGAGAUGAAGAGUUUUGGGAAGGCAACCUUAAUAGCACCAUACAAAAGAUGUUCAUAGAAAAGGUUGGAUACCGUGGGUUGGAGAAUUUGAAGUUAUCUCAAUUUCCUAAGUUGAUUGAAAUUUGGAACAAGAAACCUCAAGAAAUCUUGCCUUUCAAAAGGCUUAGAUCUCUAGAAGUUUGUAACUGUAACAGUUUCAGAUACCUUCUAACCACUUCUAUGGCGUUGGGCCUCACGCAACUCUGGGAUUUGAAAGUUGCAAACUGUGCUGCAAUGGAGCAAGUGAUCAUAGGAGAAGGAGCUAAGGAGUUGUUUCCUAACCUAUACUCUAUUAUUUUAGAGUCUUGUCCCAACUUGAAAUGUUUCUAUGAGGGAAAUAGUGGGCUUGUGUUUCCAUGGUUGAACAAAAUUACUGUUGUUAACUGCCCAGUUUUGGCUGCUUUUGCUGCUUCAUUUUCAAGUGACCAAAAGACAGAGAUAACAACUAAUGAUGCAGAAAGUGAAGAAAGUCCUGUCAUCCCUACUCAACCUUUCUUCAGUGAUAAGGUUGUGUUACCAAACCUAGAGGAGCUACAAGUGCGCUGGAUGAAUGUUAACAUCGAAUGGCAUACUUCAAUAACAUAUUUAUGUGUGGGGAAACUGAAGAAAUUGAUCAUUCAAGGCUAUGAUAAUUUGGAGUACUUAUUCUCAUCUUCUAUAGCUAGAGGUCUAGUGAUGCUCAGUCAAGUUGAAAUAAGGGAAUGCAAGAGGAUGAGAGAGAUUAUUGUCACGGGGAAUGCAGAAGAAAAAGAUAAUUUAAUUUUUCCUCAAUUGAACUUACUAUUGCUAGAAGACCUUCAAAACAUUGUUGGAUUCUACUCAGGGAAUUGUAUUGUUGAAUUCCCAUCCUUAAAGCAAUUGCAAGUAUUGAACUGCCCAGAGUUGGAAGGAUUCAUUGUUAACCAUUUUGCAAGCACAAAUGUCAUUGCUGACAAACAACCAUUCUUCAAUGAACAGGUUGCUUUUCCCAACUUGGAAAGUCUGACUCUCACCCACUUGAAAAACUUGGAUAUCAUAUGGCAAAACCAAUUCCAUGCAGAUUCCUUUGGCAAACUAAAAUCAUUAAUGGUUAGAAAUUGUGAGAAGUUAUCUACUAUUUUUCCAUCUGCUGAGAUGCUGGGAAGAAUAUGGAAAUCCCUAGAGAAGUUAAUUUUAUCUGAUUGUGGCUCGCUAGAAGUGGUAUUUGGAAUUGCCGAGUUCAAUGUCAAACAAACACAUGCUAUAAUAGACACCAAGUUGAGAGAAUUGAAUAUUGCUGGUCUACCAAGAUUGAAGUAUGUGUGGAAUAAGGAUCCCCAAGGGAUACUCACUUUCCACAGCUUGGAAUUAGUAGUUAUACAAUGUUGUGACAGACUCAAAUUCUUGUUUCCAGCUUCAAUAGGCAAAAGCCUUUCGCAACUUCAAGAGCUACAUUUAUGGAGGUGCGGGGUGGAGGAAAUUGUUACGAUGGGAGAACAGGGAAUUGAAGCAAUUGUUAACUUUGAAUUUCCUCGAGUAUCAAGUCUUAGGCUUGUGCGGCUACCAAGACUUCAAUGGUUUUAUCCAGGGCAGCACACGACAGCAUGGCCAAUAUUAAAAAGGUUCUACUUUUCCCAUUUCAAUCAUGUAAAGAGAACAGAUGACAGUUGGCAACUUGACUUCCCUGUACAACUACCACUUUUCUCCAUAGAGAAGGUCAUCCCUCAGUUGGAAGAAUUGUCACUAACAAGACAUGACAUUGCAGUGAUAUGUGAACACCAAUUUAAAGAAGACCUCUCUUUCAAUAUCAAAGUUCUUCAAAUUGAUGGCUAUGUUGAUAAUGAAUCAGAUGUUUUACCCAUCAGAUUCCUACAAAGAUUCUGCCAUCUAGAAGAGCUUGUCGUGGUGUUUUGUAAUUUUAAAGAACUAUUCCCUUCAAAAGGAGAAGCUGAAGAACAAGAGAAACACAUUGAAAUUGAGACAUUCUCAAGGAUUAAAACAUUAAAUCUACGGAUCCUUCCAUACCUCAGGCAUAUAUGGAGCCAUGACUCAUCAAUUGUUCUUCAAAAUCUUAGAACUCUUAAAGUUUUUAGAUGUGAGAGUUUGAUUAGCCUGUCAACAUCACCUGCCUCUUUUCAGAAUCUCGUAACUUUGAAUAUACACAGGUGUAAAGCAAUGGUAAACUUGGUUUCCAUCUCAAUAGCCCAAAGUCUGAUGCAGUUAACAAGAAUGACUGUGUCAUGGUGUUACAUGCUGACUGAAAUAGUUGGAAAUGAAGGAAAUGGAACCCAAGAUUUAAUCAUGAUCACUUUUACUAAAUUAAGAUAUUUGAAACUUGAAGGCUUGCCAAGAUUAGAAAGCUUUUGUUUAGGAAAUUUCACCUUCAAAUUUCCAUCUUUGAAAAAGUUAAUUGUGAUUCAAUGCCCCAAAUUGAUGAUCUUCAAUGAGGGUGACCUAAGCACACCACUACUACCGAGAGUAGAAUUAAUUGAAGGAGAGGACAAGUGGUGUUGGGAAGGUGACCUUAAUACCACCAUACAAAGAAUGUACAUGGAACAGGUUGGAUUUGCUGGGUUACAACUUUUGAUGUUGUCAAGUCUUCCCAAGUUGUUAGAAACAUGGCAUAUCAAGAAUCCUCAAGAACUCUUAGAUUUUAGACAACUUCGAGUGCUGGAAAUUUGUAAUUGUAGCAAAUUCAGGUACCUAUUAACGCAUUCAAUGGCCUUGGGCCUCGUGCAACUCUGGCACUUAAUGGUAAAAAAUUGUGGAACAAUGGAACAAGUGAUAAUGGGAGAAGGAGCAAAAAAUAAAAUGGAAUUCCCACAUCUUUGGUUGAUCAAUCUAGAGUCUUGUUCAGAUUUGAGAAGUUUCUAUGUGGGAAGUCAUAGUCUUGAGCUUCCAGAUUUAAAUGAUUUUAUUGUAAAAGACUGCCCAAAACUGGUCACAUUUGUUGCGUCUGCAUCCUCCAAAGAACACAACAAAGAGGAAUCCCAGUACCUCUUUAGCAGCAAGAUAAGCAAGUGCCCUGUGUUGAAGACUUUCAUCUCUAGCUUCUUUUUUGGAGACAUGAUUGCUAGUUCUGAAAAUGUUAAAAACGCUUAUACACUUUCUCUUUUUGAUGCAAAGGUAGCAUUCCCCAAAUUAGAGCGUUUGGUAAUUGAACAUGUGAAGAGCUUGAAUAAGAUAUGGAACAACCAGCUUGAAGUAGAUUCUUUCUGCCAACUGACUUUGGUGAGUGUGGUUUCAUGUGAAAACUUAUUGAAUAUUUUCCAAUUUAGUAUGUUGGAAAGGCUUCAAAGACUAGACAAGCUCCAAAUAUGGAACUGUGAUUCACUUGAAGAGAUACUUGAGUCUUAUGAACCUGGUGUUAGCCAAUCACAAGCUCAAAAGGCCACUCUACUACCUUUGUUGGAAACCGUCACAUGCUUGGAGGAUGAUGUGAAGGAUGAGAUUGUCUUUAGCAAACUCAAGUAUUUGCAACUUUGUGGUCUGCCUAGACUUUCAAGCUUUUGCUCGCUUGAAUGCAAGUUUGAGUUCCCAUUGUUGGAAGAGGUGAUUUUGAUGGAUUGUCCAAGUAUGCAAAUUUUCUCUAUGGAUGAAAUAAGAAUGCCAAAACUGCAGAAAGUAAAAUUAACUGGAGAUGAAGAUGAAGACUUCCGGGAUGGCAACCUAAACUCAACCAUACAACUACAAUUCAUGCAAAAGAGUCAAGGUGAUUUUGAAAAUUGAGAUCAAAGAAAUUGCGGCUCGUGUCCUGUCCAAGUGAAAUUUGAUGGUGAGUUGGUAUUAUGCUUCCAUUAUCUCUACACUUGUUUGAUAAAGGUACAUCUCUUGUAGACAUGCAUGGAGGUAUAUUGAGGCUGCUUGCUUAGUUCCUUGCAGGUUUGAAUGGUGUGCGCAUAAGUUGGAUGUGAAAAGUUGUCACAUUCCUUGGUGCCCAAAAUGUGACCUCGCUAACUAAAAUUGAUCCCUUUUUCUUAAAAAAAGAAAAAGAAAAAAGAAAAAAGAAAAAAAAAAAAGGAGAUAGGUCUUUUCUAUUUUGUGAACUCAUGUGCAAUUUGUAUUAUGUAUUAUUAAAUUCAUGCAAAUCCU